AUGGAUAUUGAGCUUGUGGAGAAUGAGCUAUCAUUUGCUACAGCACCCCGGGUCUCACUAGAUGUUUGCAAGCUAUCGGUGAUAGCACCGAAAAAUGUGGCCAUCGUGCAAGACAUCUCGAUGACAAUACCUAGUGGUACUAUAAUGGCAAUCAUCGGAGGAUCAGGAUCUGGCAAAACAACGUUGCUAAAUGUACUGGCAUCUAAAGUAUCCAGAAAUUUGAAAUAUACAGGAUCCUUCCACUACGUCCCUGCUCCAGCACAGGAGAAUAUCACCACCAAUGAACCCUGUUCGAAAGAUAACUCAACUUUCACAACCGCGUAUCUAACACAGCAAGAUGUGCUGUCUUCGAGAUUGACUUGUCGUGAAACUUUACAAUAUGCUGCCGAUCUCAAGCUUAGAGUCAGUAAGAAGGAGCGACAAGUUUUGGUCAAUGAGUUGAUCGCAGAGUUGGGACUACGUGACUGUGCCGAAACUCUCGUAGGGGACUCCCGUCAUCCAGGACUUUCCGGCGGAGAAAAACGCAGACUCAGUAUCGGAAUACAGAUGAUCUCAAAUCCAUCACUUUUGUUUUUAGACGAGCCCACUACCGGCUUGGACGCCUAUUCCGCUUAUUUGCUCAUCAAAACACUCCGAAAGCUGGCCCACGGAGGAGGAAGAACAUUUGUGAUGAGCAUUCAUCAACCACGGGCAGAUAUUUUAUUCCUUUUGGACCAGGUCUGUAUUCUAUCCAAGGGCUACAACGUGUACUGCGAUGAAACUGCGAAGAUGGUGCCUUACUUCAGUGGACUGGGUUUCGAUGUUCCCAAGCAUGUCAAUCCUGCAGAUUACUUUAUUGAUAUAUGCAGCGUUGACACCAGAUCCAAACAACUUGCGCAAGAGUCCUCGGACAGACUCAACAAACUAAUAGAAAACUGGAAUGAACAACAUAAUGCUGCCAAAUUUGUAGAGCCAAAAUUGGCGCCGCCAGUUCCCGUAAUGCCUCAUGUUUCAUUCUUAUCACAAGUACGAGUGCUCACAAGACGAGCAUUCAAACUCAACCUGAGAGAUCCCAUGACGACUGCGGCGCUUUUAGCCGAACCUGUCUUAGUCGGUGUCAUUAAUGGAUGGAUCUUUUAUAAGCCUGACCCGACUUCAGCCAAGGGAAUAAGAACUCUAACAUCAGCACUUUAUUCCGCAGCGGCGCUGCAGGGUUACCUUUUCCUGUUAUUUGAAACUUAUCGACUUUGCGAACAAGACAUUAAAGUCUACGAUCGUGAGAGAGCCGAGGGCUGUGUAACCCCUUGGUCUUUCAUAGCUGCUCGUAGAAUAGCAAACUUCUUGGCUGAGGAUCUCGCAAUGCCUUUAUUAUAUUCGAUUGUCACAUUCUUCAUGUAUGGGAUGGAAGCUGGGGCAAAAUCAUUCUUUGUCUUUUUUGCGGUAGUGUUACUUGUUCAUCAGUGCUCUGCGUCCUUCGCCCUUGUUUCGGUUGCGAUUUCUCGAGAUUUUUCAAAGGCUUCGCUUGUGGGCAACCUCAACUACACCUUACAGUCAAUGGCAUGCGGAUUUUUUGUUAAUGCCAAGCAAAUGCCUGUGUAUGUCAGAUGGACAAAGUAUAUCACUUACCUAUGGUAUGCUUUUGGUGCUAUGGUGACCAAUGGGUUUGCCAACUUGACUUGCGACUCUGAGGAAGAGAGGGAAUGCGUUGGAAAUAUGGUUUUGAGCAGUCUUGGCUUUCCUCGCUCUUGGAGGACAACCCCGAUUAUAAUUGUAUUCUGUUGGUCGAUCGCAUUCUAUGUCGUUGCAGUGUUGAUAUUUAAGCUAAAGACAGUCGACGUGAGCCUCGCCAAACGGAUAAAAGCUAAAAAGCCAAACUCAAAAAAUGCCAAAGAAAGCCUUCCAGAUUUAGAGUCCAAUACGCUGGGCUCGAGUUCCUUAACUGAAACAGCUCUCAAGGUUGAAGUUCAAUCUCUCAACAUGAAAAUUCGGAACAGACGAACCUGGACAAUACACAAAUCGCAAGAGACUUCGGAAAAUAUCACUAUUUUGAAUGACAUUGAUGCCGUUUUCAAACCCAACACUAUCAACGCCAUAAUGGGUCCUUCGGGUUCUGGGAAGUCUACACUUCUCAAUGUCAUAUCAGGAAAAGUCCGAUCGAAAUUCUGGACAUCUGUCGACACAUCAGGAAAGAUUUAUCUCAAUGGAACCCAUGUCCCAGCACAUGGGCUGAAAAGCAUCUGUUCAUUUGUACCGCAGGAUGAUGAUCACUUACUAGCACAUCUCACGGUCAAGGAGACAUUGUCCUUGGCGGCAGACUUGAGACUGUCAGCUUUCCGGUCCGAGGAGCGAAUUUCGAGAGUAAACGACAUAAUUAUAGACCUGGGCUUGAAACAUUGUGAAGACACACUGGUUGGAAAUGAGCUUCUUAAGGGGAUAAGUGGAGGUGAGAAAAGAAGAGUGUCUAUGGGAAUCCACCUUUUGACGGAUCCCUCAAUAUUACUGCUUGAUGAGCCUACUUCAGGACUAGAUAGCUUUACUUCUUUCAAGAUAUUAGAGGUCCUGAAGAACAUCAGCAACAAGCCGGGCAAGACAGUCAUCAUCUCCAUUCAUCAGCCGCGGGCGGAGGUUUUUCAAAAGCUGGGGAACAUUCUGUUGCUGGCCAAAGGUGGACGCGUGGCCUACAAUGGAGGGCCACUUGAUAUGAUUGAUUACUUUCGACGUCUCGGUUUCGAAUGCCCUCCGCUGACCAAUGUAGCGGAUUUUUUUCUGGACCUGGUCUCUGUGAACACGCAAAAUGAUACCAACGAGACAAACUCUCGCGACAGGGUAGAAUCGCUUUUGUCGGAAUGGGAUCAGAGAUCGCACAAGAUAAGUAGCAAGCCGGAAUACGAAGGGUUUGCAAUGGAUGGUCGCAGUCGAAAGAAAGCACCAUUCACUGUUGCCUACAAAGUAUGUGUGAGACGUCAAGCCAAGACGAUCGCGCGUAAUAUGGAAUCUUUGAGUGCUAGAUUAGCACAGAUUCCAGGCGUUGGCAUCAUACUGGCUCUUUUCUUCGCACCAAUCAGACACGACUAUGCUAGCACCUCAAACAGGCUUGGUCUGGUCCAACAGUCCACAGCUCUGUAUUUCACAGGUAUGCUGACGAACCUUGCGUGCUAUCCCAGCGAGAGAAAUUAUUUUUAUCGUGAAUUUGAGGAUAACGUCUAUGGAAUUACGCCCUUUUUCCUUGCUUACAUGACAUUGGAAAUUCCCAUGGCAGCUUUUGCUGCCGCUUUGUUCGCAAUAUUCAUCGUGCUUGUGUGUGGUCUGAACCGAUCCGCAGACAACUUUUUCGUCACGAUGUACUGCAGCAUGGUCAUAUCGACUUGCGGUGAAGCUUUAGGCAUCAUCACAAAUACGCUUUUCACCACACCCGGGUUUGUAGUCACCGUUGUGUCGAUCGUUCUUACAAUAGGCUGUGUGAUGUCGGGCCUAAUGUCAUUACAAAUGUCGCGGGUGCUACGAGGAUUUAAUUAUUUGAGCCCGCUGAAUUACACUUCAAUGGUUUUGAUAAAUUACGCCUUUCCUGACGACCUCGAGCUCACCUGCUCGGAUGAGGGCCGAAACCCGGACGGCUCGUGCGUUUUUUCGUCAGGUUCUCAGGUACUUGAUAGUUAUGGAUUAAAACGCAAUACCAGUCAAUAUCUUGGAAUAAUCAUAUGCGUUUGGUUCGCAUACCGGCUAAUUGCAUUCCUGAUUCUCAAAGCUAAACUUGAAUGGCUUAGGUGGUGA